CUCAACAGCGUACCCAAUGCACGAGGAUGAAGCGUUUUGGAAGCACAGGGGUAUGUAACAUCACAUAGGCGGUUCUCGCGUUGCGUUAUUUAACGCGCCCACCUGCACUGCACAGAACACAUUUUCACGGCGUCUUCCUGCUGGACUAGUAAACGAUGGACCUGCACAUCUUGGACCAUAAAUUACGGGUGACUUCCAUAACCAAAACGGGACUUCAGCAGUACACACACCCCCUAAUCAAGCUGAUAUUUCUCAGAAACAGGACGAGAUGCAAAUUUUUCAGUCUCACAGAGACUCCGGAAAAUUACACGGUUGUGCUCGAUGAGGAGGGAUUUAAAGAGCUCAAGCCGUCUGAACACUUACAGGUGGAGGGCUCCACUUGGUUCCCGCUCAAUGUCGUCUCCAAUGGCAACGCCUCCAGCAGCUCACAAGCCGUGGGCGUCACCAAGAUCGCCAAAUCUGUUAUCGCUCCAUUGGCCGAGCAACAUGUGUCCGUCUUCAUGCUCUCCACCUAUCAAACCGACUUUAUUCUGGUGCGAGAGAAGGACCUGUCGGUGGUGGUGGAGACUCUGUUGGAGGAGUUUAAUAUUUUCAGAGAGGAGGGAGGAGAGUCAGUGCCUGUCCACAGUCAGGACGCCUGCAAUGGCCUUCAGCGAAACGGCAGAGAGGUUCCACAUGCAAGAGUUCAUCCAGUGCUGAUUCCAGAAAAUCAAUUUUGCGUAAUGAGCUUGGAUCCGGACACACUGCCAGCGAUCGCCACCACCCUCAUAGACGUUCUGUUUUACUCUAACAGUCCUAAAGAGGGCGCCAGUGUUGAUCAGGACAUGGAAUGUAUCAAGUUCUUCUUUUCUGGUGAGCUCUGGAGGAUGGUGAGAAUAGGAGGGCAGCCUCUCGGUUUCGAUGAAUGUGGGAUAGUCGCUCAGAUCUCUCAGCCUCUUGCAGACAGUGAUAUAUCAGCGUAUUACAUUAGCACCUUCAGCUUUGAUCAUGCUCUGGUGCCGGAAGAAGAUAUAGUGAGCGUGACCGAGAUGCUUCAAGCUCAGAGGAAGGAUAUGUCCAGUUGAAUGCAUCGUCAGCUUGGAAAGGGUAGAAAAAGUCCUUAACGGUGGAUGGUAGAUCUUAUUUGAGCCACUAACACACAGUAUUACUCCACAAGACUGUCUUGGCAUAACCAGAGGUGCUUCAGUCAAAGCAUUUGAGAGCUUAGGCUUAAAACAGGCCUAAACUCAGAAAACUGGCAUUUUGCUUUUGCAGAAACGGCAGUGCUGAUUAUAUGCCAUUGCUGAGAAUCAGAGUAUUUACAUGAUUCGAAAGGACAUUUUUGCGGCAUGUUAAUGCUUGAUUAUUUGAAGCACAUUUUUCUCAAUUGAAUUAGAAGAUUUAUUUCUUCAUUUCAGGGGUAAUGAUAACGCAGGAUGUUCUGCAAAAAUCAUUAUUUCUUUGAGUAUUGCACACAGAGGUCUUCCAGUAUUGUCAGAAUCAGUUUUUUUUUUUCUUAAGUAAGCCUGUUUGAGGUCAAGCAAAAGAAAUUUUAUUGUUGUAGCAACUUUUGGUGUCAUUGAAACAUUGCACUUAGAAAAGCAGUUACUGGCAGUAAAUAUUUGGAUCACUUUUGAAUCAGCAUUUCAAACAUUUCUCGCAAAUACCGGAGUCAUGCUGUUGUGUGUGAUCUUUUCAAAUCACAUUUACACCUAGUUGUGUGAAUCUCUCAAGAACAAAUCCAGCUCACAUUUCACCCCCAAAACGAAAUUCUGUUGUAAUGUAAAUUUGAUAAAAAUUUCCUCACCCUCUAAGAUGAGGGUGUUAUGGAAGCAUGUUUCUGCCACUGAAUAAAAAAUGUAAAAAAGGUUAU